AUGGCAGAAAACAGUGAACAGAAUAUGAGCCAGAUUAUUUCCUACUGGGGCUACCCUGAUGAAGAAUAUGAUAUUGUAACCGAAGAUGGUUAUAUCCUUGGCCUUUAUAGAAUUCCUUAUGGGAGGACAGACAAUAAUAAAAAUCUAGCUCAGAGGGUUGUUGUAUACUUGCAACAUGGUUUGCUUAUAUCUGCCAGCAGCUGGAUUUCCAAUCUUCCCAACAAUAGUCUGGGCUUCAUUCUGGCAGAUGCUGGUUAUGAUGUGUGGAUGGGAAAUAGCAGAGGAAAUACCUGGUCCAGGAAACACUUGUACCUAGAAACGAAUUCCAAAGAAUUCUGGGCUUUCAGUUUUGACGAGAUGGCAAAAUAUGACUAUGACCUUCCAGCCUCUAUUGAUUUCAUUGUGAAGCAAACCAGACAAGAGGAAAUAUUUUAUGUAGGCCAUUCACAGGGUACUACUAUUGGUUUCAUAACAUUUUCUACUAUACCAAAGAUAGCUGAAAGAAUCAAAAUAUUUUUUGCUUUAGCACCAGUUUUUUCCACAAAGUACUUAAAAAGUCCUUUAAUUAGAAUGACAUAAAAAUGGAAGUCAAUAGUCAUGGCUUUUUCUGGCAACAAAGACUUCUUGUCUAAAACCUCAUUUAAAAAAUUCAUUGGUUCAAAGCUCUGUCCACUACAAAUUUUUGAUAAGAUUUGCUGCAAUAUCUUGUUUAUGAUGUUUGGAUAUGACCCAAAAAACUUAAAUAUGAGUCGUUUGGAUGUGUAUUUUUCACAAAACCCAGCAGGAACAUCUGUUCAAAAUAUGCUUCAUUGGAGUCAGCUUUUAAAUUCUACUCAUUUGAAAGCUUAUGACUGGGGCAGUCCUGAUCUGAACUUGGUUCAUUAUAAUCAGACAACGUCUCCAUUAUACAACAUGACAAACAUGAAUGUGGCAACUGCAAUUUGGAAUGGUGAAAGUGACUUGUUGGCUGACCCUGAAGACGUUAACAUUUUACAUUCUGAAAUCACAAACCACAUUUAUUAUAAAACUAUUUCUUGCUACAAUCAUAUAGACUUUUUGUUUGGAUUAGAUGUCUAUGAUCAAGUUUACCAUAAAAUCAUUGAUAUUAUCCAAGACAAUCUAUAA